CAGAGCGGCCGCGCCAGCUCUAGGUACCGCAGAAGUGAGUACGUGAGCGCCGCGGCAAGAUCCGUCCUUUGCCUUCCGACGGCCUGAGUGCCGGGAGUCCCGGAUCAAAGUCGAGCCCGCAGCGCACCUCCGGAUUACCGCGCACCCCGAACUACCACUGCUUGCUCCCUCUCACCCCGGUCGGCCUUCCCUAGUUUUGCAUUUCCGAGCUCUCCAGCGCCCCGGAUCCUCUUGGACCGGUCCGUCCAGAUUCCCACGGGAUCGACCUGCUAGCAUCGCCGGAUCGGAGCGUUGCCUCGGCCCCGGAAUCGCUCGUCUCGACUGCACCCUCUCUUUGCUCGAUUUCCUGUCACCGUUCACGAGUCCUCCUCGCAGCCCGACGAGCGGACCUUCACCCGGGUGUCCGCAGCCCUGCCGGCGCGGCUUGGCGCGGCCCGGCUCGGCUCUCGGAGCCCGCCUGGCCAUGGCCCGAGCCCGCCCACCACCGCCACUGCCGCCACCCGGGCUCCUGCCGCUGCUCCCUCCGCUGCUACUGCUGCUGCCUGCUUGCUGUCAUGCUCUGGAAGAGACCCUUAUGGACACAAAAUGGGUGACAUCUGAGUUGGCGUGGACAUCUCAUCCAGAAAGUGGGUGGGAAGAAGUGAGUGGCUACGACGAGGCCAUGAACCCCAUCCGCACGUACCAGGUGUGCAACGUGCGUGAGUCAAACCAGAACAACUGGCUUCGCACGGGGUUUAUCUGGCGGCGGGAUGUGCAGCGGGUCUACGUGGAGCUCAAGUUCACUGUUCGUGACUGCAACAGCAUCCCCAACAUCCCUGGCUCCUGCAAGGAGACCUUCAACCUCUUCUACUAUGAGGCUGACAGCGAUGUGGCCUCGGCCUCCUCCCCCUUCUGGAUGGAGAAUCCCUAUGUGAAGGUGGACACCAUCGCCCCCGAUGAGAGCUUCUCGAGGCUCGAUUCUGGCCGUGUCAACACCAAGGUGCGCAGCUUCGGGCAGCUGUCCAAGGCCGGCUUCUACUUGGCCUUCCAGGACCAGGGUGCCUGCAUGUCGCUCAUCUCUGUGCGUGCCUUCUAUAAGAAGUGUGCAUCCACCACCGCAGGCUUCGCCCUCUUUCCCGAGACCCUCACGGGGGCCGAGCCCACCUCACUGGUCAUUGCCCCUGGCACCUGUAUCGCUAAUGCUGUAGAGGUGUCGGUGCCACUCAAGCUGUACUGCAACGGUGACGGGGAGUGGAUGGUGCCUGUGGGUGCCUGCACCUGUGCCUCCGGCCAUGAGCCAGCUGCCAAGGAGUCCCAGUGCCGUUCCUGCCCCCCUGGGAGCUACAAGGCGAAGCAGGGAGAGGGGCCCUGUCUCCCCUGCCCCCCCAACAGCCGUACCACCUCGCCAGCCGCCAGCAUCUGCACCUGUCACAAUAACUUCUACCGUGCCGAUUCGGACUCUGCAGACAGUGCCUGUACCACUGUGCCAUCUCCACCCCGGGGUGUGAUCUCCAAUGUGAAUGAGACCUCUCUGGUCCUGGAGUGGAGCGAGCCCCGGGACCUGGGGGGUCGGGAUGACCUCCUGUACAAUGUCAUCUGCAAGAAGUGCCAUGGGGGCCCUGGGGCCGGGGGGGCCUCGACCUGCUCACGCUGUGAUGACAACGUGGAAUUUGUGCCUCGGCAGCUGGGCCUGACAGAGCGCCGGGUCCACAUCAGCCAUCUGCUGGCCCACACGCGCUACACCUUUGAGGUGCAGGCAGUCAAUGGUGUCUCGGGCAAGAGCCCUCUGCCCCCUCGCUAUGCGGCUGUGAAUAUCACCACCAACCAGGCUGCCCCGUCUGAAGUGCCUACACUCCACCUGCACAGCAGCUCAGGCAGCAGCCUGACACUGUCCUGGGCACCCCCCGAGCGGCCCAACGGCGUCAUCCUAGACUAUGAGAUGAAGUACUUUGAGAAGAGUGAGGGCAUCGCCUCCACCGUGACCAGCCAGAAGAACUCGGUGCAGCUGGACGGGCUGCGGCCCGAUGCCCGCUACGUGGUGCAGGUCCGCGCCCGCACUGUUGCUGGCUAUGGGCAGUACAGCCGCCCCGCUGAGUUUGAGACCACGAGCGAGAGAGGCUCCAGUGCCCAGCAGCUCCAGGAGCAGCUUCCCCUCAUCGUGGGCUCUGCCACAGCUGGGCUCGUCUUCGUGGUGGCUGUCGUGGUCAUCGCUGUUGUCUGUCUCAGGAAGCAGCGGCAUGGCUCUGAUUCAGAAUACACGGAGAAGCUGCAGCAAUACAUCGCCCCCGGAAUGAAAGUUUACAUUGACCCGUUCACCUACGAGGACCCUAAUGAGGCGGUGCGGGAGUUUGCCAAGGAGAUCGAUGUGUCCUGCGUCAAGAUCGAGGAAGUGAUUGGAGCUGGGGAGUUUGGGGAAGUGUGCCGGGGUCGGCUGAAACAGCCUGGCCGCAGGGAGGUGUUCGUGGCCAUCAAGACGCUGAAAGUGGGCUACACUGAGAGGCAGCGGCGGGACUUCCUAAGCGAGGCCUCCAUCAUGGGUCAGUUUGACCACCCCAACAUAAUCCGGCUGGAGGGCGUGGUCACCAAAAGUCGGCCAGUCAUGAUCCUCACCGAGUUCAUGGAGAACUGCGCCCUGGACUCUUUCCUCCGGCUCAACGAUGGACAGUUCACCGUCAUCCAGCUGGUGGGCAUGUUGCGGGGCAUUGCUGCUGGCAUGAAAUACCUGUCCGAGAUGAACUACGUGCACCGAGACCUGGCUGCCCGCAACAUCCUUGUCAACAGCAACCUGGUCUGCAAAGUCUCAGACUUUGGCCUCUCCCGCUUCCUUGAGGAUGAUCCCUCUGAUCCUACCUACACCAGCUCCCUGGGUGGAAAGAUCCCCAUCCGCUGGACUGCUCCAGAGGCCAUAGCCUAUCGGAAGUUCACCUCUGCCAGCGAUGUCUGGAGCUACGGAAUUGUCAUGUGGGAGGUCAUGAGCUAUGGAGAGCGACCCUACUGGGACAUGAGCAACCAGGAUGUCAUCAACGCUGUGGAGCAGGACUACCGGCUGCCCCCACCCAUGGACUGCCCCACAGCCCUGCACCAGCUCAUGCUGGACUGCUGGGUGCGGGACCGGAACCUCAGGCCCAAGUUCUCCCAGAUUGUCAACACCCUGGACAAACUUAUCCGCAAUGCUGCCAGCCUCAAGGUCAUUGCCAGCGCCCAGUCUGGCAUGUCACAGCCCCUCCUGGACCGCACAGUCCCAGAUUACACAACCUUCACGACAGUGGGUGACUGGCUGGACGCCAUUAAGAUGGGGCGGUACAAAGAGAGCUUCGUCAGUGCGGGGUUUGCAUCCUUUGACCUGGUGGCUCAGAUGACCGCAGAAGACCUGCUCCGGAUCGGAGUCACCUUGGCUGGCCACCAGAAGAAGAUCCUCAGCAGUAUCCAGGACAUGCGGCUGCAGAUGAACCAGACACUGCCCGUGCAGGUCUGACACCCAGCUCCCACGGGGUUGCACCCCCCAAGGACCACAGAGGGACUCUGACCAGUCAGCUGGACUGUUGGACUUUUGGAUGCCUGGCCUUAGGCUAUGGCCCAGAAGAUGAAAGUUUGGGGAGGGCCCAAGCUGGGACUUCUCCUCCAGGCCUGUGCUCCCUCCCCAGAAAUUGUGCCCAACACCUCUUCAUAUUGAAGAUGGAUUAGGAGAGGGGUGAUGACCCCGCCUCAGGCCCCUCGGGUGCCCAGGCCUUCCUGCUCUCCAGUGGGAGACCUCCACCACCUCAGACUCGACUGUUCUUCAGUGCCGGAGGUCCCGGCAGGGGCAGGUGGGAGAUAAGCCUGGGUUCAAUAGGGCCCAGCCCUGGCAGGGGUGUGGCCCCCCAGGUAGGCAGAGAGCAGUCCCUCCCUCAGGAACUGGAGGAGGGGACUCCAGGAAUGGGGAAAUGUGACACCCCCACUCCAGAGCCAACUGGCACCUCCAGUUUGCACAGGGACUUGUUCUGGGGGGCUGAGGGCCCUGCCCCGCCCCCACCCUUGGUGCUGUCAUAAAAGGGCAGGCAGGGGCAGGCUGAGGAGCAGCCCUUGCCCCCCAGAGACUGACUCUCAGAGCCAGAGAUAUGAUGUGUAUGAGUGUGUUUGUGUGUGUGCACGUGCUGGCCUGCACAGAGAGCGUGGGUGAGUGUGUAAAGGCUCGGCCCUAUGCCCUGCAGCGGGGCCAGCUGGGCCGUCAGUGGAAUAAAGGCAAUAAGACGA